GGCCUGGCAGUCCCCAUCUCUCCAGCCUCCGUCCAACGGAAGCUUGGUCGCUUUCCACCAAGGAUGCAUUACCAGGCCACUCCUGACAGCCGAGCUGCCCCUCAUUUUCCAAGGUCUCACCUUGCUGAAGCAGUUGCGAAAGCUAAGGCAGGUGGAGGCAGUGGUGGAAGCACUGGUGGAACUGGGAGAGGUCUUGUGGGGCAGAUUAUCCCUAUAUAUGGAUUUGGCAUCUUCUUAUAUAUCCUGUACAUUUUAUUUAAGCUGGCUUCCAAAGGAAGAACCGCUGGAGAGCGGAAAUGCCCUACUGCUGCACCUGGAAACUUGAAGAGGAAAAUCACUGACUAUGAGCUCACGCAACUCCAGGAAAAACUGAGAGAAACAGAAGAAGCUAUGGAAAAAUUAAUCAACAGAGUAGGACCUAACUGUGACAGGACUCAAAAUGUUACAACAGACCAGGAAAAAAGGUUACUUCAGCAACUCCGAGAAAUUACUAGAGUUAUGAAAGAAGGAAAAUUCAUAGAUGGCAUCUCUCCUGAGAAGGAAGCUGAAGAAGCUCCUUACAUGGAGGAUUGGGAAGGUUAUCCAGAAGAGACCUAUCCUGUCUAUGACAAUUCUGAUCGCUUCAAGCGCAAACAGGACACGAUCCUUGUAGAUUACCCUGACCUGAGCCAGCCCUCUGCAGAAGAGCUGGCAGAAAGAAUGGAGGGCAUGGAAGAUGAGGAGCAUCUGUGCAAUGAAACUCUGCUAACUGAUCUCACCAUGGGAAGAGACAGUCAUGAUUUAAUGCAGAAAAAGGAUGAGGUAACUGGCAUCAGUGAAGAGGAGAGGGACCUUCAUCACAGCCAAAGCACUGAGGAGUGCUGCUGUUGCUAUGAGGAUGACGACCCUGCUGUCAUAGCAGAGAACGCUGGAUUCCACUCUGAGAGCUGCAGUGAAGCAGAAGAGUCAACCCAAGAGGACCCAUCUGUGGAGUCAGAAAAUGAAAACGCAGCACUGAAGAAGCAAAAAGCCAGUGAUUCAGAUGAAACAGGCACACUGAGAAAGCGCAACACGAAAGGACUUGAGUAAUAGGAACAAUAGUGGAUGUUACCCAGAUGGAGAAGGUAGAGGUCAUAAAUUGUCGUUCAUGUGGUUUUGUUCCCAGUGAAGAAUUCUCUGUGUUCAUCUCCUUGUACCAAUUUCAUUCCCAUUGUAACAAUCAGUCACGUUAUCUACCUGAACUGGAAGCCAAUGCC